UGCAACUCACGUCAACAGUAUAAAACCCACACAGAACAGCAGAGGAGCUUAGUGAGCUGUUUGCUACUCUUCCCGUAAACCAGAAUGCUGCUGUACGCCGUGGCCCUCAGCCUCCUGGCUGUGUCCUGGGCACAGGACUGCCAGGUGUCCAGCGUCCAGGUCAUGCAGAACUUCGACAGGACCAAGUACGCCGGGUCGUGGUACGCCGUGGGGAAGAAGGACCCCGACGGUUUGUUCCUGCUCGACAACAUCGUGGCUAAUUUCACCAUCACACCCGACAGCAAGAUGACGGCCACCGCUCUGGGCAGAGUCAUCAUCUUCGGCCACUGGGAAGUGUGCGCCCAGAUGUUCGCCACCUUCGAGGACACCCCCGACCCGGCCAAGUUCAGGAUGAGGUACUGGGGAAUCGCCGCCGCCCUUCAGAGUGGAAACGACGAGCACUGGGUGAUUGACACCGACUACGAGAACUACGCCAUCCACUACUCGUGCAGAGAGGUGGCCGCCGACGGCACGUGCCACGACAGCUACUCCUUCGUCUUCUCCCGUCAUCCCGAGGGCCUGAGGCCACAGGACCAGGCGGUCGUCACCGCCAAGAAGAACGACAUCUGCCUUUUGGGCAAAUACAGACGCGUCUCGCACACCGGUUACUGCGACAACAGCGAGAACUUCUACAGGCAGUGACCCGUCUGUGUGUGAAGCAGCCGCCUCUGGGACCGUGUGCCCCCCCCCGCUGGUCAUUGACUCUCUCCCACCGGAGUUUCUCUUCUCUUCUGCCUGCGUGUGUCUUCACCAGAGGAAGAAUCCCACUCUUCUCCAGGAACGAGCUUAAAAAGGACAAAUUAGAAUCUGUACAUGAAUAUUUAAAGCAAACAAAGCUUGAGCGUUCAGGCUGAUCUCUCCCAACUCAAUUCAGUUUAACAUCUUAGUCCGAUCCUCAACAUUCGUCCCAUGUCGUAGUUUUUUGUGUUUGUUUUGUAUAGCAACUUCGGUGUAGUGUGAGACCACCAUCGUCAUGGAAACCAGUGGAACUUGUUUUCUGGUCCAAGUGACAAAACCAUGUUUACUAAAAACACUGAAUGAUCCUGAAGCACAAAGGUUGUUAAUAAACCUAAAUGCAUACACAUUAACACGUGUUCUAUAGGUGUAGCAGUUUGGUUGUGUCUCCACUCUAUGUUGUGUGUGUGUGUGUCUGAUCCAGUUUUAGAAAUAAAACAUUCAUAUCCUG